UAUUACGACCAUAUCAUCAAUGGAGUAGUUUUACGCAAAUAUGUUUACGAAGGAGUUGAACUCUGAAUUGUAAAUUGUAAGGAUUUGUUAGUUAAGGCAUAUGCUCGAUAAAUUUUGCUUUACUUUUUCUAAAUACUAAAUCUUCUAAAUACUUUUUAAAUACUUAAAGUGUAAAUAUGAAUUGAUUUUAUCGAUUGACUGUUUUCAAAUAAAGUGGAAUAUGUGGGGUUAUAUUGGAUUUAGUUAGAUAUUCCUUUCUUUUAUUAACGAGAAUUAUUUUUUCUUGGCCAUGUACGAUAUAUGCCAUCCUAGUUAUUUUAAUAUUGGAAAAUUGGGUUGCAUCGAUCCUGUGAAAAUAAGUACAACGUUUUACGUUUAUAUUGAACUAUGUGAAGCAAAGAAAUAUUGGGAAGUUGAUUAUAAAUACAAUGAAAAAUUGGAUUUAUUGUAUUUAGAAGUACAAAAAAAGAAAAAUUCACAAACAGAAAUAUAUGUACCGUGGCCAGCAUCGUGCAACAUUUCUCUUGAUACGAUAGAAAAGAUACAGACAGGUUUAGAUGUUGAACAGAUAACGCUUGUUUUUAAAUUAGAAGAUAGUACAAGCAUUAUUUACAAAGUUAGUAAGGAUCUUGUGAAGCCUGUAGAUCCAGAGAGAACAAAAUUAAUGAAAGAGAAGGAGGAAAAAAAAACAAAUUUAGAGAAAGAAAUCAGGAAAAAUACUUCGUAUUUGUAUGAAUUAGCAAAAUCAUUAACUGCAGAAAAUGCUAAUGAAGAUAAGGAUACAGAUGUAAGCCAUAGCAGUAAAACAACAGCUGAAUAAAAUAUGCUAUUUUAUUUAUUUAAUUUUCAUAUUUAAGUGGUAUCGAUAUUCUUCAAAGAGUUAAAAGAAAUUAAAUAUAAAAUUGUAAUAUGUUUCCCUUAAAUGUUUAUUAUAUUGAAAUUAUGUUUGAAAUAUGUAGAGUUAAAAAGUAUACUAAAAAUUAUGUAACUAUGUAUUUAAAAUGAUAUGUAUUAAGCUGCCACUGCAAAUGUGAAUAUUAAAUAAAUUAUUGCUUAAAGACAUUUUAGAAGCAGUUUCUAUAUUAACACAUUAUCUAUGUGAUUUAAUAAACACUGCAAGUAUGAGGCA